AUGUAUGGUUUCGAGAUUAAAUCUGGAAGAAACUCAUGGACAUGUUCAAAAACGACACUUACUUGCAACUCAAGAAACCUCGAUGGCCGUAUGAAGAAUCCUGUUUACUUGGAUGGGUAUCUCCACUGGCUAAAAAAAGACGGAAGCAUCGUAGCUUUCAACCCCGAAACCGAGAAAGCACGGCUGAUCCAGACCCAACUCCCCAAUAUUGGAUUAGGUUCAGAAACACUCUUUGCACUCGAAGAUAAUAACUUGACUACUUUGGUAUCAAACAAGGAGGGAUUCACUUACAUUUAUGCUCUCAAGAAUAUUCUUACUAAUCCCAAGUGGGUCCUCGUGAAGCAUAUCAAGAACGGAACGAGUGUCAAAGAUAGAGUUAAUUGCAAAGUAGGAGCUUACAACGGAAAGUGUUUACUGUUGGGAAGCGGGUCGUAUGACCGAGCAGUUCUGGUGUACGACUUGAGUGCCAACGAGUGGGUAGUCAUGGAUUCGCUUCCCAUAGAAUGCGAUCCAUGUCAAGAUUUUUUUCUGUUCACACCGUCACCUCAUAGUGUGGUGGGACUUGAUGAGAAAUUGGCUUAUCGGGAUAAACGCAUCUCCUCUUUAAGUACGAUCAUGACACUGGUUGAUCCAAACUCACCAGAAAACCGACUUAUGAAAAUGUCGGGUGAAGAAAAGGAAGAAGAGAUGAAAUUACUAUUGUAUAAGCAAAAUACCAACAAAAAAAGAAGAGUGGUGUAG